CUCCCUACUGCUUUUUGUUUUGCCCCUCAUUUUCUCCAAUUUGGCUACCUUCAAUUCAAAAACUUCAUAGCCAUUGAUAUUUACAUCAUAUACCCAUAAAUCCCCUGCUUUUUGAGCUGCUAUAUAACUAGCUCCUUCUCAAACUUUUUUGUUUGUCUGUUCAGUGGAUCGAUCGUGAAGCUGGUUGCUCGGUACUAGUCUAGUCGUGUUCUUCCUCGUUUGUCGUCCUUCUUCAGUAGAUGGGCUGUUUCCAGUCUACAGCAAAAAAGCAGUUCCCUGGACACGAAGAUCCUGUAGUCCUUGCAUCUCAAACAGCCUUUAGUGUAAGCGAAGUUGAGGCAUUGUUUGAGCUGUUCAAGAAUAUUAGCGGUUCGGUAGUUGAUGAUGGGCUAAUUAGCAAGGAAGAAUUUCAGUUGGCUUUAUUCAAGAACAGAAAGAAAGAAAACCUUUUUGCAAAUCGGAUUUUUGAUCUCUUUGAUGUAAAGCAAAAAGGAGUUAUCGAUUUUGGUGAUUUUGUUAGGGCACUAAAAGUUUUCCACCCAAAUGCCUCACAAGAAGAGAAGAUCAAUUUUUCAUUUAGGCUUUAUGAUUUGGAUGGCACGGGGUUCAUCGAGCGGCAAGAGGUAAAGCAAAUGUUAAUUGCAAUUCUAUGCGAGUCUGAGAUGAAGUUGGCCGACGAGAUCGUUGAGAUAAUACUGGAUAAGACAUUUUUGGAGGCAGAUUCAAAUCAGGACGGAAAGAUUGACAACUCUGAGUGGCACAAUUUUGUGGGCCGAAAUCCUUCAUUAUUGAAAAUAAUGACCCUUUCAUAUCUGAGGGAUAUAACUACUACUUUUCCAAGUUUUGUAUUUCAUUCUGAAGUUGAUGAGAUGGCUACCUAACUAAGAAAUGUUGUUCAGACCGAUUCUUUUUCUCCCUAUUCUGGUAAUUUAUUGACGCACCUAAGUUUGUUGGGGGACUUGGAGCCUUUUCAGAAUAUAGAAAAACCAAGGGUGAUUAAAAUGGAACAGUAGUAAAUGGAUCAAGAGGUAAGUAGCCUUCCAUUGUAAAGUGAUUUCGUUGGCAAUAUUCUGCCGUUUAAUUACAGUGAGCAGGAUAUACAGUGCUAUUACAUUUCCAACUGUUUAUCUGUUUUGUGUUGGUGGUAAAUUUUGCAUAGCAUCCUUUCAAUUAUAUCAAAAAUCAAUGUCAACCAAGUGUCUGGCCUA